AUGUUAGCUAGAGAUAUGGUAGUGCCGCACGUCCCAUCAAUCGAGGAAAUCAACUUUCGUCAACACCUUCUAAUAACCCGUCAAGAUGCCCUGAAAAAAGCAUUUGAGGCCUUGGUUAACCCAAGUGACCAGAUCGAGUCCAUACCCUACCAUCUCUUAACUCCAGAAGAAGAAAUGGACCACCAAAAAGCAAUCGAGGUAUCGAAUCUAAAGGUCGACGUUCUUCGUCAACAGACCGAUUUGGCCCAGAAUCAAUAUGACGAGGCAGUAGCUGCCAGAGAAAUGCAUCUUGAGCGCCGACGAGAAGCCAAUAGAAGGCUGUAUCUUGAGAAAGCUGUGAAGUUGCAGACUGAGAUCCUGGACGCAGAAAUUGAGAGUAUAAGACGCGAGGCAGAGAUUGAGAAGACUUUGGCGCGACUUGAGGGCCGGGAUGUGGUUGAAGAUGAUCAAGAAGAGCCGAGUCGAGAGAUGAUGAGCCAGUGGCUUCUUCGUGUUGGGGGUGGGGAUCCCUUGUCUCGUAGGGCUACGGGUAGAGAUCAACGUCGAACGUUGAGGUCUGAUUAUGAGGAUGGAAAGGAGAGGAGAUAA